AUGUAUGUCUAUAAAAGAGACGGGCGCAAGGAACGCGUCGCUUUCGACAAGAUCACUGCACGUAUUAAUAAGUUGUGUUACGGUCUUGACUUGAACUUCAUUGAUCCUGUGGCUGUAACUCAAAAAGUCAUUUCUGGAGUUUAUCAGGGUGUCAGUACCGUUGAGCUAGAUAAUUUGGCGGCCGAAACUGCGGCGUAUAUGACCACAAAGCAUCCCGACUAUGCUAUCUUAGCUGCCCGUAUUGCGGUAUCCAAUCUCCAUAAGGAAACCAAGAAGGCGUUCUCCACAGUUAUCGAAGACUUGUAUAACUAUGUAAAUCCGAAAACGAAUAAACGGGCAUCCAUGAUAUCUGAAACCACAUACAAUAUUGUCAUGAAAAACUCGGAGAGACUUAAUUCGGCCAUUAUUUAUGAUCGUGACUAUAAGUAUAAUUAUUUUGGCUUUAAGACUCUUGAAAGAUCAUACCUUUUGCGAAUAAACGGUAAGGUUGCCGAACGUCCGCAGCACAUGCUAAUGCGUGUGUCUGUUGGUAUUCACGGCGAAGACAUUGACGGUGCCAUCGAAACCUAUAAUCUAAUGUCCGAGAAGUAUUUCACACAUGCCUCGCCAACUCUCUUCAAUGCUGGAACUCCACGACCUCAGCUUUCGAGUUGCUUCCUUUUGACCAUGAAGGAAGAUUCCAUAGAAGGUAUCUAUGACACGCUGAAGACUUGUGCAAUGGUGUCAAAGUCUGCGGGUGGAAUAGGGCUGAGUAUUCAUAGUAUUCGAGCAUCGGGAUCCUACAUAACUGGAACAAAUGGUUACUCCAAUGGUAUUGUUCCCAUGCUACGUGUGUACAAUAAUACCGCAAGAUACGUCGAUCAAGGAGGCAAUAAACGUCCUGGUGCCUUUGCCAUUUAUCUGGAAACUUGGCACCCUGAUAUUUUCAGUUUCUUGGACUUAAAGAAGAAUACAGGCAUAGAAGAGCACCGUGCUCGAGAUCUUUUCUAUGCUCUUUGGAUAUCAGAUCUCUUCAUGAAGAGGGUUGAAUCUGAUGACGAUUGGAGUCUGUUCGAUCCAGCUGAGGCACCCGGGCUCAUGGACGUUUGGGGAGAAAAAUUCGAAAAUUUAUAUGAAUCAUAUGAAAGGCAAGGCCUUGCGCGUAAAACUGUCAAGGCUCAAAAGUUAUGGAACGCAAUAGUGGAGUCACAGAUAGAGACGGGUACCCCCUACAUGCUUUACAAGGAUUCUUGUAAUCGUAAGUCUAAUCAACAAAACCUCGGAACAAUACAAUGCAGUAAUUUGUGCACAGAGAUCAUAGAGUAUUCAAGUCCAGAUGAGGUUGCUGUUUGUAACCUGGCUAGCAUCGCUUUACCCAUGUUUGUGGAUAUCAAAGAAAACACCUUCGAUUUUGAACGCCUGCACGAGGUUACUAAAGUAAUAACUCGCAACCUUAACAAAAUAAUCGAUAUUAAUUAUUAUCCUGUUGAGGAAGCGCGUAGAUCUAACCUUCGCCAUCGUCCGAUCGGUAUCGGUGUGCAAGGAAUGGCGGACUGUUUUCUAUCAUUACGUAUUCCCUUUGACUCUUUACGCGCAAGGGAACUGAACAAGCAGAUAUUUGAAACCAUGUAUCAUGGGGCCUUGGAAGCUUCAUGCGAUAUCUCACAGAAAUAUGGCCCAUACGAAACGUAUUCGGGAUCGCCCGUAUCACAAGGAAUCUUACAGUAUGACAUGUGGAAUGUUGAACCAAGUGAUUUAUGGGAUUGGGAUUCGUUAAAACAGAAAAUCGCUAACCACGGUGUACGAAAUUCAUUACUCUUGGCGCCGAUGCCCACUGCCUCGACUUCUCAGAUAUUGGGAUUUAAUGAAUGCUUCGAACCUUACACAAGCAACAUAUAUACACGGCGCGUCCUAGCCGGUGAAUUUCAAGUUGUGAAUCCUUGGCUACUGAAAGAUCUGGUGGAUCUAGGCCUGUGGAGCGAUCAAAUGAAAAACAGGAUUAUCGCGGACAAUGGUAGCAUUCAGAAGGUUCCGGGCAUCCCAGAUGAACUUAAAGCAUUAUACAAAACAACUUGGGAGUUGUCACAAAAAACAAUUAUCGACAUGGCGGCAGAUCGAGGUGCCUUCAUUGAUCAAUCUCAAAGUCUCAACAUACAUAUAGCGGAACCAUCUUAUGCUAAGUUAACCAGCAUGCAUUUCUAUGGAUGGAAGAAAGGUCUGAAGACGGGGAUGUACUAUCUUCGAACGAGAUCUGCAGUGGAUGCCAUCAAAUUUACUGUUGAUCAAACUUCUCUUAAAGAGGUUUUAGCAGCCGAAGAAACGGAGAUUAAAAUCCGAAGUGUUAAAUGCCAACUUGAAAACAAGGAAGAUUGUUUAAUGUGCAGUGGUUAA